GCAGCUCCCGGUAGGUGCAUGGGAAAAGAAACUCCUCGGUGCGCCUGCGAAGGGAAACGACGGAGCCGAUCGGCCCACGGAAACAUAUUUUUUUAAUAUAUUUUUGAUCGACAAAGUUCCGCUGUUUGGGGGGAAAAAAACGCUUUGAAGAUGACUAUGGAGCCGUUCCGCUCGGCCUUGUCCUUAGGGGCCAGUGAGGACACGUCCCUCGCCCUCCCGUCAGAUACCACCCUGCGGUCGGGCCAGCGCCGCGUCCUGGACCAGGUUACCACCAUCAAGCGGAGCAAGUUGAGGCAGAGCAAAAGUGGAUCCGUUUCGCCCACCAGUCCGCAGAACGAUGCAGUCUUCAGUGAAUUUCGGACAUUCAGGUUUUCUCCAGUCAAGAAGAACAGCGGUUUUUUCCUAAGAAACAGCUCAAGUUCAAAGUCGGCUUACAUGCAGACUUCACAGGCCAGGCAGAGUCACUCCCUGCCCAUGGGCCCAGUCAUGCGAAUGACGAGCUGCAACAGCCAAUCGGAUCAGCGUUUCCAGUCCAUGUACGGUGAAAACCAGCCGCAGGUCUCCAAUGGCCUGAAGCCCAGCAAGAGUGACCCUACUCUGGUCAAGGCCACAAGUGCCACCUUGCCCUACCGCCUACAGAGGGCCAGCCUUCACUCCACCGGCAACAGCAGCUCCCAGGUGGUGGCGAACAGUACCGCCAAGGUGGUCAGCAGCCAGAACCGGCUUGUUCGGACUGCCACAAGCCCCCUCAAUGGCGACUCUAAGGUGAUACUCACCAAGGCCAAGACCGAGUUUACGGGGGCCAACGGGAGUGGCAGCGGGACGGACAUGACCAUCAAAGAGGCCGUGGAGUUCCUGUCCAGUCCAGAGGAGAAACUCCAGCUCUGUGGUGCCUCCUUCAUCCAGCACAGCACCUUCAAGGAGGACCAGGCCAAGCAGGAGGUGCUCCGGCAAAAUGGCAUACCCGGCCUGGUAGCCCUCCUGCGCAACCCCAACCCGCAGAUCCAGCAGACGGCCGCCGGCGCACUGCGCAACCUGGUGUUCAAAAACGCUGACAACAAGAAGGAGGUGCAGCAGUGUGGAGGGAUAGAGGAGGCGCUGACACUACUCAAGGACACGGAUUCCAAUGAGACGCAGCGUCAGCUGGCAGGUCUCCUGUGGAACCUGUCCUCGGCAGACAGCCUGAAGCCAGUGCUGAUUCAGAGGGCCCUGCCCGUGCUCACAGAGAACGUGGUGGUACCCUUCACCUGCUGGUCCGACACUGGCACCAAUCGGCACAUUGACCCUGAGGCCUUCUGCAGCACUACGGGCUGCCUGAGGAACCUGAGCUGCACCAAGGAUAAGGAGCGACAGGCCAUGCGGGAUAGCCCCGGGCUCAUUGAGGCACUCGUCAACUACAUUAAGAACUGCGUGGCGGCAGAGAAGCCAGAUGACAUGUCGGUGGAGAACUGUGCCUGUAUCCUUCACAACCUCACGUACCAGCUGGAGACGGAGGCUCCGGAACAUCUCAGUAGCUUCAGCACACUGUCGGCCACCAGGAGCUCAUCCAGCAGGAAGACCAGCCUGGGCUGCUUCAGCCCGCAGAGCAGCAAGGUCGACCAGGAGACUGCCUUUGAAUAUCCAGUGGUGGAAGAGGCUGAUCCAAAAGGCCUUGGCUUGCUUUACCACUCCAACACUAUUAAGACCUACCUUUCCCUCUUGGGGGCCAGCCAGAAUGAUGCCACCUUGGAGGCCUGUGCAGGGGCCCUGCAGAACCUCACAGCCAAUAAGGGAGCAUUUUCUAAAGCGAUGAGCCAGGCCAUUGUGCAGAAGCAGAAUGGCAUGCAGUACAUCGAGCCACUGCUGCAGAACUCCAGCCCUGGCCUGCAGAAGACCGUGGUGUCUCUGGUGGGGAAUCUGUCCAGGAACCCAGCCCUGAUGAGCAACCUGGCCCCGCAGGUGGUGCCGAAGCUCGCCACUAUCCUGACCGCCAAUGCCAACGACAAGGGCAAUUCAGACGAUACCUUGGCAACAGCGUGCCGCACCUUCCACGCUUUGCUGCUGGCAGAGCCAGAGCUGACCAAGAAGGUGGUUAACGGAGACCUGGUCAGCUCGCUGAACGACCUCAGCCGCAACGGGUACCUGCCAAAAGCCAACAAAGCCGCCUCCAUCCUUCUGUACAGCCUCUGGUCAGAGAAGGACAUUCAGGGCUUCUUGAAGAAGCAAGGAAUGUCUAAGUCUUCUUUUGUGAAUGACAUCACCAGCCGCGCCCACAAGUCUGCUCAAGUUGUUCAAUGAGGCGUCUCCCCGGACACCGAUUCUUGGACAGAGGUGGGGGGCACACGUCUGUCUGCUGGUUCGGUGACCAUAACGGCGGGUGAUUUCACACGGUGUGGACAUUGUCGUAAAUUUAAAUUUCUAUUUUCUUAAGUGGAAAAGUGUUUUUAAUCAUUAAAUUCAGUAGGUCUGGGAAUAAAAAAAAAAAAAACAAAAAAAAAAACAUUUUUAUGAUAUUCACAGGUGGAGCAAACGCUUUUCAAACAAGGGUUACCAGUGUUAAUGCUACAUUCACAUUUUCUGGACAUAUUGAUGGAUUUUUUUUAAACACUUUGCUAUGCCUACAGUUAAAUGCAUGUCUGCUGUUUUCCUGUAUUUGGUUUGGUGUCUGAUGUUAGCUGUAAUUGCGUUUCUUGGUGUUCCCGUGUGUUUGGGUACGUCUUGAUGUGAGUGCCACUUCCACGAUGCUGACUCUCAGGCUUGUGAAGCUGCCUGUUAAUUCACACAGCUGAGGUAUCACUCUGACUCUCCGCAAAUCUAGUUGACUCAUUUUUGCAUGUACUCCGAGUUCCAUGUAAACGGGUAUAGAGGAAUGAACAAUUUACGUAAGCUUUUCAUAAUUAUCCUGCCACAUUUUUUUUUGCUAAAAUAAAGAAACAUGGUCACAUGACUUUGGAAAAUGGAAUGGGGGGGGGGGGGGGGGGGGUUAUGGACUAUCCUUUGAAGUUUGCAGUGAGUCAGUUGCCAUGGCAAUAUGGAUUAGGAACAGUGGUGGAAAAUUCAGUUCCAGAAAGUACAAAUCCAGACCAAGGUUUUGUCUCAACCAACCAGUAUAUAGAUUACAGUCAGAGAGUACUCAACUGGUUGGUUGAGACAAAACCUUGGUCUGGAUUUGUACUUUCUUGACCGGAACUUUCCACCUCUGAUUGGGAGUAUCUGCCCUGUCGUUUCAUUGGCUGUAUUUCCAUGAAAAGUUUUGCUCAGAUUUUAAUACUCUGUAAGUUGACAAAGUGGAAUAGCGAAGAGGGUGUGUUUCCGUCACUGGAUGUCAUGCGAAUAAGAUGCACCAUUUAUCAUUCGGCGAGAGUAGGAUCCCUGACUCGUGCUUCUGCACAGAGCCUGAGCUCCAGAAGCUAGUAGCUCUAGAAGAACUUCAUUUCAUUUUACCUUCACUUGAUCUUAUGUAAAAACGUUCGGUGCCACUUUACUAUAAGGCUACCCUUAUAAAGGGAUUAUGAAUGGUUUAUAAGCAGGUUAUUAAUUAGGAUGUAACACUUUGUAAAUCAUUACUAGACAACUGUGGAAUAACUUGUUUAUAAUUUUCUUCCUGUUAAUGAGUUACUACCAUUUAUAAGUGGCAAAUGGGAGCCUUAUUGUAAAGUGGUACCAAACUUUCAUUGUUAUGAAUUUUCAGUUUGCAUCUUCAAGAUAAGCAAAAUCCAUGUCAAUGGAAAUGUCACUGCUAAUAAUAGGAAAACUUCGAACUGGUGUUAUCCCGGUAUUUGGACUACACUCCCAAAUCUGUGUCUGAUAUUGAGUGAGUUAAGAGUGUUGCAGAUGUUUCUGACAUUUUCCCUCGACUUAAUAAGCUCGGAUACUUUGGAUUGGGCCUGGUGUUUUUGGAAUGAUGGCAUGUUCACACAGCCUUAUACCCCAGGGACUGGGAAAUGCGGGACAGACAGCACAUUACAGUCUACAGUGCAUGUAAGGGAUACAUUAGCGUCUAACUUUACAGGGUCGUCAUAGAUAGAAUUUGUUCGAUAUCGUCUUUGCGCUUUUAUGAAUUAUUUUGGAUGUUGCUUUUGAUAAUAAAUCUGAAUUCACUUUGCCAGAUUUUGCCACCACUGUUCUAGCUAAAGAAAAAACCAAAGCAUUGGGAUGGUUGUCAAAAAACCUUUUACGGCAAUAAAUAAAGACAGAUAUGAAGUGAGAA